CACCUCUCCAAGCAGCUGGACAUGUUGAGGGAGAUGAACGAACAGCACGCAAAGGUGUACGAACAGCUGGAUGUGACUGCCAGAGAGCUGGAGAUCACCAACGAGAAACUGGUGCUGGAGAGCAAGGCCUCGCAGCAGAAAAUAGACAGGUUGGAGGGCACCAUGGAGACCUUGCAGAGUCAGGUUGACAGCCUUACAACUCGGGUGGAGGAGCUAAGAACUCUGGAGGAGCUGAGGGUCCGUAGAGAGAAGAAGGAACGCCGCAAGACUGUGCACUCCUUCCCCUGCCUCAAAGAACUCUGCACCGCACCAAGGUCACUAACUGUCAGGAUUUUAUUUUCUAGUGGACAAUAUACAUGUACAAAAAAGCACUUUGUUCACACAGAUCAGUAUGUUAGUGAUGCUUACUACGUGCAAUACAUAUGAAGUGAGGCUUCUGCAGCAUAGGUGAUGGGUUGAUUAAAAUGAUUCUCCAGUAAUUAUCAGACUGCACACGUCUGCAAAGCCAGAAAUCAAUAACUACAUAUUUUGCCAAAAUGUAGUCAAAUAUAGUUUUGACAUAUUACUUUACUAUGAAAGUUAUUGUAUCAUCAAAUUUAUAAUAUGUCAUAAAAAUGUAAUAUAAGAAGUCAAAAUGUAACAUUUACGAAAAAUAGUAUGACAUCCAAAAUAUCAUAAAAAAUUCAUAGUAUAGUAUGACAUCCAAAAUAUCAUUAAAAAGUCAUAGUAUAG